GCUGCGUGUUUUGACUUUUGUUAGUGUUGUCAUGUCAUUGAUCUGUCAAAUAAAUGUCACUCUUGUUUAUCAAAUGAUCCACUUAGAAAAUAUGAACAAAAGCUCGUAACUAACUAAAUCAUGCUUUUAUUAUUACGUUUUUAAAUAGUACAUAAUUUCAAAGUUGUUAAAAAAUGUCUAUUCACUGGAGUUCAGAAAUUAUGAAAUGGGAGUAUCGCGAGCUUCAAGCUACGGCUAUGUCCGUGGAUUAUUCCGGCAACAAUGUGCUGUUAGCGGGGCGAAGGUGGCUUGCGAUUAAACAAAUAACUCAGGAUGACGACUCUGGAGAUAUUGUCAAAAAGUAUCCUCGCCACAGCAAGUAUGAUGCAGCCGGUGCCGAGUGGUGUCAGUCUUACCAUGGUCAGAAACUCUGCGCAAUCGCGAGUAACCAAAGAGUGGAUGUAUACGAGUGGCGUAACGGCAAUGACUUGACAUGUAUCUGUUCACUUCGUGGACACACUCGAGUAGUCAGCGACACUCACUUUCACAGACAGGAUCACAACUUAAUAGCAACAUGUUCUAUUGACACUUUCACUCAUUUAUGGGAUUUGAGAGAUGCAAGGAAACCUGUUGUUUCAUUGUGUGCAGUUGCUGGUGCCUCCCAAGUGCAAUGGAACAAGGUAGCCACCCAUAUAGUUGCCACAGCUCAUGAUGGUGACAUAAAAAUAUGGGAUUACCGCAAACAUUCUGCUCCUAUACACUAUAUAUCUGCACAUCUCUGCAAAAUACAUGGAGUGGACUGGAGCCCUCAUCAUGAAUACCAAUUGGUUACUUCUAGUCAUGAUGGAAGUAUAAAAUAUUUUGAUAUAAACAAUGCAAGAAGACCAGAGAAUGUGAUAAUGACAAACUUUCCAGUGUGGAGAGCAAUAUACACACCAUUUGGUAGUGGUCUACUCACUAUAGGUGUAGGGUGGGGAGGGAUGCCUAGAGUAGAACAGGCUGGAGUGAUUGGUAUUUGGGUAGGAGGGGCCCUGACUCACAGACUGGUGGGACAUACUGACACAGUCCAAACUAUGGUUUGGAGACCAAACACAUCACCAAACAACUAUCAACUAGUGACAUGGGCUAGAGACCAGUCUCUUAGAGUAUGGACAAUGCAUCCCUCAUUGUUAAAGAUGUGCAAUCAUUAUUUGCCUGAUGAUGGGGAUAAUGAUGAUGACAAUAAUAGUGACAAUGUUAGCUAUGCAUCAACAGCAGGGUCCACUACUGAUAUCUCUACAGGAGAUAACAAAGGUCAAGAUAUUGCAUUGAAUAAACUACCGCACAAAACUAACACGUCGAUAGAUGAAGAAUUUGAAUCUAUUCGUGAGAUGGCGAACAUCGAAGUUACAGAUAUGAACAUUGAGACGCGGACGUGCCAGAUACACUCUGAACGCAAUGGCUACAUCGCUAACCUCCAAGUCACUUUCCCCAGAAAUGUUACAGAACAAACAAUACCAAAGUUCUCCUGGCUGUCUGGAACAAACGUCGACAGCCCCACUACAAUUAAAAUAUUACAAUCUAUCAAUAGAACUGCUUACCGUAAGAAAAAGGAAGGUCACAGGUGUCUAUUGCACUGCUUGAAAACACUUGCUACAUCUAUUGACGAGAUACCAGUUAAAUCUAGUGACGACACUGACUCAAUGAAGUCGAGCCAAAGAAGUCAGUCAGAGAGUGAAAACGCUGGUGACUCGUGUAUCCCAUUCCCUAGAACUUGUGGGGCCAAAUGGUGCGGAGUCAGCACAUUAGUGGUGUUCAAUAGGCCUCCAAAUGCCCGUCGUCUGUCCCUGAAGCACGAGACAGGCACUCCGCGGUCCAUGUCUUCGCUAUCGCUCACUCCGGGACUGUUUGGGACUACUGGAUAUAACUCUGUAUCGCCCCACGCGACCACGACGCCGUCUCCAACAAACGCGUCUGGUUUUCCACAGUUGCAUCACAGACAUCCGUCGAAUUCCAUUACUACGUUCUAUUUUCAAGAUAGAUGGAAAGCACAAGGUCGUCGUGCCGGUAGCAUGCGAAGUCGCGGCAGCAUAUCUGGUUGCGUGGCGCCAAGAGUUGUUUUGUAUGCGGCCCCUAACCUAUUUCCGCUAAGCCGUAACCUCGCUGAGAAAUAUGUCAUCAAUGCUGACAACCCCAUUGAGAUGUGCGAAAAGAAUGCAAAAAUAGCUACAGAAGAAGGUGAGACAGACUUGGCCCAUGCUUGGGACUUGGCAGCCUUGACCGCGAGGUCUCUGAGGGCGCGUGUCAUUGACCAUCUCGUCUCUAGUGAGGAGAGCAUGGGCUGGGUCGGACACCCACUUUGUUGUAACCUGCUGCAAUCCCUAAUAUCUCACUACGCAAAAGCGUCGAACCUCCAGAUGGCUGCAAUGUUGGCUUGCGCCUUUUCAGUCUUUAAUGACACAAGCAAUUCUAGUUCACAAUCUACAAUAAGUACGUCUAGUUAUGGUAACGGCACAUCUCCAUACAGUACAGUGAAUCAAUAUAGUGAGAUAAGCGCAGACGGUUGGACUCUCCCCAUUGUACUGCGCAGUAACUCAUGUUCAGAAGCGGAGAACUUCUACACCGACUCCACUGUGUCAAAGUCCGAGAAAGCCUCGUCAUGUGUACUCGAUGAAGCAACUGUACAUUUGUAUCAUUGUUUUAAAAGAGUUUACGCGGACAUACUGCAUCGCUGGCAGUUGAUUUAUAAAAAGACUGAGGUGCUGAAGCUGGUGAAUGGUGACACGAGCUGCAGCAAUGGAGCCGGCCCCGAGCUAGCCGCGGAGUGCACGCGGUGCGGCGGCGCCGUGCGAGGCCCCGCCUGUGGGCAGUGCGCGCGCCUGGCGCUGCGCUGCGCCGUCUGCGCGCGCCCCGUGCGCGGCCUCGCCGCCGCCUGCCACUACUGCGCGCACGCAGGCCACGCGCUGCACAUGCUGCACUGGUACACUCCCCCUACUCCCGCCCCCUACACUAGUACACGCGCCUGGCGCUGCGCUGCGCCGUCUGCGCGCGCCCCGUGCGCGGCCUCGCCGCCGCCUGCCACUACUGCGCGCACGCAGGCCACGCGCUGCACAUGCUGCACUGGUUUUCUCAACACGACACGUGUCCAACAGGGUGCGGUUGCAAAUGUGUGAUGGAAGGCAACUCUGUGUGGAAGGGAGUCAAUAAGUACGUGUGACGACUUAUGUAUGUAGCUAAUUAUUAUCAUAAACUGCUGUGUAAAUAUCACAAUUUAUACAUAACUAUUUCUCUCGGGUACAGUAGAAUAGCUUUUUUAUCGUACGAAGCAUUUUAUAGGUUUUGAGCAUUGUUUUAUACUGUAAAUGGUGGUAUGUAUAAAUAAUUGCAUUAACUGCUCAACAUCUUUCAACCAAUUCGACAUGUGGCCUUCUAUUUUUCGUAGUUGAGAACGAUAGUCAUAUUCAAUAGGUGCUUCUAUAAUGGGAUAAUUAACAAUUUCAAAUGUUUU